AUGUCUGAUAGCAAAUUUGCUGAAGACCCCAUCCAACAGCUUUGGACCUUAGAAUCGGUAGGAAUUGUUGAUCAAGAUAUGUCAUCUGAGGAUAAAUUUGUACUGGAAGAAUUCAAGAAUUCCAUCAAUAUGGUUGAAGGACGACAUGAGGUAUCUCUCCCCUGGAAAGUCGAUAAGAAACAACUCCCUACCAACUUAGCACUCCUGAGGAAAAGACUGAACAGCACUAUUCACAAGUUGAAACAAACUAAUAAAUAUCUGGAAAUUUAUGACCAGAUCAUCAAAGAACUACUGUCUCUCGGCUUCACUGAAACAGUACCAGAAGACCUCAAGUUGAUCAACAUACACUAUUUACCCCAUUUACCGGUUUCAACCACAACGCCCAUUCGUAUUGUAUUUGAUGCAAGUGCCUGGAUGGACAAGCAGGCCCCUAGUCUGAAUGAUUGCUUAUGCUCUGGCCCAUCCUUGACUAGUCAUCUAACCGACUUGUUGAAAUUCCGUCUCGACCCAUUUAUGGUAUCGGCAGACAUCAGCAAAGCCUUCUUACGGGUAGGUCUCCAACCUAAAGAUCGUGAUUAUACACGUUUCAUCUGGCUAAAAGAUCCUAACAAUGAAAAGGACCUUCAAGCCUAUAGGUUUAGAUCAGUUCUCUUUGGAGCCACCUGCUCGCCUUUUCUACUCCAGUCAACCCUGCAGCAUCACUUUGAAACCUACCCCACUUCACCUGAAGUUAGUUUCCUCAUGGCCAAAUUUUAUGUGGACAGCUUAAUUGGUUCCUUACCUACAACAAUCAGCCUCUACAGUCUUUACAAGGUUGCAAAGGAAGUUCUUUCAGAUGCCAGAAUGCCUUUAAGAGAAUGGAUCAGUAAUGAUCCAACCUUCAACGAAAUGAUAACACAAGAAGGUGAUGGAACAACAGAAGGCUCAGAUCUUGUCAAAGUUCUAGGACUUCAUUGGAACUACAAGACUGACCACUUAAGCAUAAAACCCCCUGCCUUUGAAGAAGCUCCGCUUACCAAAUGGCUACUUUUGAGCAACCUUUCAAAAGUAUUUGACCCUCUAGGAUUGCUUGCUCCCAUAAUUGUACGAGCCAAAGUUCUUAUGCAAAAGGUCUGA